ACUCUAUUGUUUUGCCUUUUCAACUUCAAGCGCUAAAUAACAAACAAUUUGACAAAAGAAUGGAUGUAAUCAGUGUUAACAGAAUUUUGUGCAAUACGGUCAGUAUUGUCUAUCACUUCACCGUUUUCAUAACUAAAAAUUGAGUGUAUAGUAUUCUCUCUGUACUAUCAUGACCAAAUAUUAAAAUAUCCCUAAAGGCAUAUAACAUACUACGUGAACAUCACACUCGGAAAGCUCCUCCGUAGAAUUUUAAGUGACAGUACACAUAAAAAAAAAUUGACUAAGUAAGUUUAAAAAACUUCACCGUUUUAUGAAUUUCACACCUAAAAUAUUGGGUAUUCACAAAACACCCCCAACCCCAACCCCCCACGGAAACUAUCAUGGAUUUAUCUCCCAUACGCCUCUUAGCCAGUUAUCCCAUACAUUUUGCCACAUAUUCAACUAGAGUUUUUAAUCUAAACGAAGUUAUAGUUCAGAGAGAUAACAAAAACAUUCAAUAAUUUAGAAAUGAAACUUAGUACAAAUUAUGGAGUAAUUUAAGGAGGUCUUAACCUAUUUAUUCUAUUUAUUUGUCACCAAUAAGGCAAUAACCAAUUGAUUUUCACUUUGCUUAUUUUCAACUGUGCGUAUAAUUUUUUUUUUCAACCUUUGCGUAUAAAUUACACAUGUUCUUUUUGCGAACUUUUGACAUUGUCCUAUAUAAUCUUUCUUCCACCUUACUUUGCGCACAAGAAACAAAUAGUCACAAAAUUGUGGUGUAGAAACUGAAAGAUCUCUACAGUACUGGAAUGAGUCAGGAAAACACAAAUUCGUGGUCACCAAGAAAAUGUGACGGCCAGCCCACCAAAACAUUAUGGGAUAACAACACUUUCGAUCCUUAAAUUAUAAGUAAAGUUUAAUUUAUUUGGUCAUUAUUAUAUUUGGUCCAAUAUAUUUAAUAUUUAAUUAAUUGAAAUGUAUAUUUUAGUCCGGAAAUAUGUUACUUUUUAGCUAUUUUUACAAUUAUAUGUUACUGUCAGAUAUGGAAUAAUAUUACAAAUUUAAUAUAACACAUCCGUAAUUAAGUGAUGUAAGUAAUAACUAUGGUAAGCUUAUGAAUACUUACCAGCAAAGGGUUCAACAAUACAUGUUUUAAUUAGUUGAAUGGUAAAUGUGUUUACUCAAAUAAAGGAUAAAAUUAAAAUUUAUAUAUAAAUAAUUGAAGGAUAAAAAGUGCAAUUAACCCUUAAGAAAGACUACUAUAUUAAGUUUCCUAUGUGAGCCAAAUUCGCCUACAUAAUUAUAAAUUGCCACUACAUAUCCUUCCGAAUAGUUACUUAGUCACCAAGGAAACCCAUAAUUGUUUUAUUACUCAUUUAUUAGAAGUACUAAAUAUAGUUAAGUCACACCUAUCAGUACACGGUACUAUCAAAAAAAAAAAAAAAAAAAAACACGUUAUUUGUACUCGUGUUGAUUUUAUUUCCCAAAAAAAAAAAAAAUGAAAUGGUUAAUCCCAAUUCGACUAGGAAAAGGAUUUGAACAAUAUAAAUACACCCACAGAACAAGAAGAACCUUCGACUAGUCCAUUUGCAAAGCAGAAUACAAACUUUCCAAUCAGAUUUAACUUAUAAAUUAUACUUUUACGCGCAUGUCUUCUCAAAUUCCCCAAAGGAAACAGAAAAGAAGGCGUAAUGGAUCUGAUAAGAUCGAAGAUAUUUUGUUAAGGUGGAAAUUUUUUAACCAGGAACUUAAUUCUAGUAAUACUCAAGAUGAACAAGUGAAGAAGAAGAGAAAAUUCCCUGUUAAUAGAUCAAAAAAGGGUUGUAUGCGAGGUAAAGGCGGUCCUGAGAAUUCGGGUUGUAAAUACAGAGGUGUUAGACAGAGGACUUGGGGAAAGUGGGUGGCUGAAAUUCGUGAGCCUGUAUAUAGUAACGGUCAGUUUAAGAGCAAUGGCAAGCGCCUUUGGCUUGGUACUUUCUCAACAGCUGGUGAAGCCGCUAUUGCUUAUGACGAAGCUGCUAGCGUUAUGUAUGGAUCCUAUGCCAUGCUCAACUUCCCGGAUUAUCGCGUACAUAAUGACUCGUUGACAUCUUCACUGGAAUCGAGUGAACAAUCGUUUGUUGAACAUGAGGAUUCAGGUGUUGAUGAUGCAAUGAACAUAGAAAUUGAGUCAGCUUUAGAAACGUUAGACGAUGGUGUGGUUGUAAAUACAGAUUUAAGUUAUGCUAAUAUGUCAGAGAUUCAUCAGGAGUGCUCCAAGGUGAAUCAAGGUUCACCUGCUUGUUGGUUGACAGAUGAGGAAUCAGAAGUUAUCCCGGAGGAGAAUUCUGAGAGAGAAUUAAGCAGUUCGAGAUUUUUUUCUAAAUCUCAAAAUUCUUGUGUUAAAGGUGAGACACAUAAUAAAGAUUUGGAACGUAUAAACUUCAACGAAGUCUCAAACAGUUUGCACGACGAGACAACAGAUGCGAUCAAGCCAACCUUCAUGUUUAGCAAGGAUGUCUUGCGACCUGAUGAAAUUUGUAAUACCGAAGACCAAGUUUUGUCACAAGAGAAUAUAUUGCAAGAACAGCCGUUGGAUUUCAGGUCUUCUGAAAACUUGAGUGAAGAUGUUCGUAGUCAACUCAAAUACAUGGAGAUUUUGCUAUUAGAAGACAAUUAUUCAAUGAUACCUGAUAUGUUUUAUUUGACAGAGAACCAUGAUAAUCCUUACAGUUUUCAGAAGUUUUUAGAGGAAUCAUUUGAUUUCAAGACAAUGGUGAUCCAUCAAGAGUCUGCUGAGCUAAACUAUGUGAAGAAUGAGGAGCAAUUUGAUUGUACAUACAACCAGCAAAUUGACCUCCAGAACUCAGAGACUUAUUCCGAGAUUCAAUCAGAUGGAAUUAAUAGUAACCAGGCUGAUUGGAAGGAGCGGAACUUGGAUGCCUUCGAAUUAGAUGACUUUGGAGCAGGCAAAGUGCAAUUGUUGCAGCCAUCAAGUUCUUCAGUUAAUUGGCCACCGGAGGAUAAUGUCGGAGAUUUGUCUAUGUUCAACUCUGAUUUUAAUAUAUCAUCCUUUCUUGAUGAUAUUCAUAGUUAGAAAAAUAAUACUGUUUCAAUUUAUCAUCCUUCUAAUUUAUUUCGAGUUGUAGUUUGCUGCAACAGAGAAUAUAAAGUUUAUAGGUUAGAAUGCUUGCCAUUCUUUUGUAAGCCCAAAACCAACUUUGUAUUGGCCAAAUAUGGUUUUCUCUCUUGAUAGAAUUCAAAUGGAAAAAAAAAAACAGAUUUUUGAUGUGGUAAUACACUAAAUUAGACCUCUUACUGUUCAUUUGUUAACCUUUU